CCGUACCGAGGCAGCAGAGCGGGGAGUAGAAAAUAACGAGGGGAGAGAUUUCAUCCAUUAGGAAAGGAUUCCCGCCUUUCAUUCCCCGUCUUUUUAGCCCGUUCCUGCCAAAUAGUAGCACAAAUAUGGAUAACGAACGAUGAGGAGCGUGGCAGGGUGCAGCUGACUGACUGAACCAUGGCUCAAUUCCCCACGCCCUUUGGAGGGGGGCUGGACACAUGGGUUAUCUCUGUGGACGAGAGAGCCAAACAUGACCAACAGUUCCACAGCCUGGCCCCCACACCUGCUGGCUUCAUCACAGGUGAUCAGGCCAAGAAUUUCUUCCUGCAGUCAGGCUUACCUGCCCCUGUUCUGGCCCAGAUAUGGGCUCUGGCCGACCUCAACAACGACGGCAAGAUGGACAUGCACGAGUUCUCCAUUGCCAUGAAGCUGAUCAAGCUGAAGCUGCAGGGUCACCCGCUGCCCCCCAGCCUGCCGCCCUCAAUGAAACAGCCCCCCCUCUCUGUACCACCUCCCGCCCCCUUUGGAAUGCCCAGUAUGGGACCUAUGACGGGUUUACCAGCGGUGCCACCCAUGCCCCUCCCGCCUCUUCCGCCUGGAGUGCCGGGUGUGGGCAUGUCGCCCCCGCUGGUGUCGUCAGUGACCCCUCCUCUGCCUCCAAUGGCCAACGGAGCCCCUUCAAUGAUGCAGCCCAUAUCAGGAUUUUCUCACCAAGCUCCUAUCUCAGCCACAGCUGUCAACAAAAGCUCUGCUUCUUUCAACCGCUCCAGUGCCAAGCUCCCCAAAGGACAGUCUUUUGAGACCCCCAGUGCUCCUGCAGCCCCUGUGCCCAUCGAUUGGGCUGUGCCCCAGUCUUCACGGCUAAAGUACCGCCAACUCUUCAACAGCCAUGACAAGAUGAUGAGCGGCCAUCUAACAGGACCACAGGCUAGAACUAUUCUCAUGCAGUCCAGUCUACCACAAGCCCAGCUGGCCACCAUCUGGAACCUGUCAGACAUAGACCAGGAUGGAAAGCUGACAGCCGAAGAGUUUAUUUUGGCCAUGCACCUUAUAGAUAUGGCCAUGUCUGGCCUGCCCCUUCCCCCUCUCCUGCCCCCUGAUCUUCUCCCCCCUACCUUCAGGUCAGAGCAUCCACAUCUUAGGAGAGUUCGCUCUGGCAGCGGCGUCUCUGUGACCAGCUUGCACCCAGCAGACCAGCGCGUCCAGGAAGAGUCUGCGGAGGAAGAGGAGAAAGAGGCGGACAAAAAGCUUCCAGUCACCUUUGAGGACAAGAAGCGUGAGAACUUUGAGCGUGGUAACCUGGAGCUGGAAAAGCGGCGGCAGGCUCUGCUGGAGCAGCAGCGUAAAGAACAGGAGCGUCUAGCGGCGCUGGAGCGAGAAGAGCAGGAGAGGAAAGAGCGCGAGCGGCAGGAGCAGGAGCGGAGGCGGCAGCAGGAGCUGGAGAAGCAGCUGGAGAAGCAGAGGGAGCUGGAGAGGCAGCGGGAAGAGGAGCGGCGUAAAGAGAUUGAGAGGAGAGAGGCAGCUAAGCGGGAGCUGGAGCGACAGCGGCAGUUGGAGUGGGAGAGGAACCGCAGACAGGAGCUGCUGACCCAGAGGAACCGAGAGCAGGAGAACAUCGUCCUGCUGAAAGCACGCAAGAAAACCCUGGAGUUUGAAUUGGAGGCUCUGAAUGAUAAGAAGUCUCAGCUAGAGGGGAAGCUGCAGGACAUCCGUUUCCGUCUGUCCACACAGCGGCAGGAGAUCGAGAGCACCAAUAAAACACGGGAACUGCGCAUAGCUGAGAUCACCACCCUGCAGCAGCAGCUACAGGAGUCUCAGCAGUGGUUGGGUCGGCUGAUUCCUGAUAAACAGUGUUUGAAUGAUCAGCUGAAGCAGGUGCAGCAGAACAGCCUCCAUAGAGACUCGCUGUCCAGCUUGCAGAGAGCCGUGGAGAUGAAGGAAGUGACCAGGCAGCAGCUCCGGGAGCAGCUGGAUGCUGUGGAGAAAGAGACGCGCUCCAAACUGCUAGAGAUAGAUGCCUUCAACACGCAGCUGAAGACUUUGGGGCUGUUCUAUCAGGCCCACACUGCCCGGAUCGAGAACCUCCGGCUGGAGCUACUUCUAGAAGAGCAGAGGGGCCGACAGGAGCUCAGGGAGAUCCACAACAAGCAGCAGCGGCAAAAACAGAAGGAGCUGGAGGGCGAUAUCAUCCAGGCUCUGCCAGACAGCAAGCCUGCAGAGCUGCAGGAGAGCAGACUGUUGGGGGCUGUUGAUGAUGGCGUGUCGCCGCACUGGCGAGACGCAGUACUAAGGAAAGCUCCAACACCGCCGGCUGCUCAGCCCUGGAUGAGCCACAUCAAUAAAGAGGAGAGCCAGAGCUCCAGAGGAGAUGUGCAGGACAAGCUCUCCAAACUGUUCAUGCAGCAGCCUGAACCAGGCAAACUGCUGGGCCAGUCGCCCUGGCCUGUAGGAGAUAAGGUGCCGAUGUCUGGCUUUAACCAGGAUAAGGUAAGGGUGGUGUACUACAGAGCGCUUUACCCCUUUGAGGCCCGCAGCCAUGAUGAGAUCACCAUCCAGCCUGGAGAUAUAGUCAUGGUUGAUGAAUCUCAGACAGGUGAGCCCGGAUGGUUAGGGGGUGAAAUCAAAGGAAAGACAGGCUGGUUUCCCGCCAACUAUGCAGAGAAGAUCCCAGAAUCUGAAGUUCCUCUUAACCUGAGAGCCAGUGCCACCUCAGGUUCAGCCCCUAAGCUCGUCUCCCGCAUCACGCCCACCUCAUCCUCAACCACGCCCACAGCUCUGCAGACAGCCCCCACAGAGACAGUACCAGUAGCCCCACCCACUACAGCCACAGUUCCUCCAGGCCCCGCCUCCUCGUCUUCGUCGGCCUCUAGUAACUGGGCAGAUUUCAGCACUACAUGGCCAACAAACUCAUCGGUGGAGAAGCAAGAUUCUGACGGCUGGGAGGCGUGGCCAACUCAACCAACCCAGCCUGCCCAGCCCCCUCAACCUUCAUUGUCAGUUCCCAGUGGAGGACAGGGUCGGCAACGCUCUGCCUUUACCCCAGCCACCCUCUCUGGCUCCUCCCCCUCACCUGUGCUUGGACAGGGGGAGAAGGUGGAAGGGCUGCAAGCUCAGGCACUGUACCCAUGGAGGGCGAAGAAGGACAACCACUUGAACUUCAACAAGAACGACGUGAUCACAGUACUGGAGCAGCAGGACAUGUGGUGGUUCGGAGAGGUGCAGGGCCAAAGAGGCUGGUUCCCCAAAUCCUACGUCAAGCUAAUCUCCGGGCCUGUGCGCAAAUCCAUGAGUAUUGAAUCAGGGUCCUCUGAUAGCCCACCCAGUAUGAAAAGACCUAGCCCUUCCCCGAACAAACCCAUGGACCUUGGUGAAGAGUACAUUGCAAUGUAUACGUAUGAAAGCAACGAGCAGGGAGACUUGACCUUUCAGCAAGGUGACGUCAUCACAGUGUUGAAGAAAGAGGGCGACUGGUGGACUGGAACAGUAUCUGGCAAAACCGGAGUCUUUCCUUCCAACUACGUCAAGCCCAAGGAUUCUGACGGCCUGGGGCCUGCUGGGAAAACCGGGAGUCUGGGAAAGAAACCAGAGAUUGCCCAGGUGAUCGCCCCUUACACGGCCACGGGAGCAGAGCAGCUGACCCUGGCACCCGGCCAGCUUAUCCUCAUCCGCAAGAAGAACCCUGGGGGGUGGUGGGAAGGAGAAUUGCAGGCGAGGGGAAAGAAACGUCAGAUUGGCUGGUUUCCAGCCAAUUAUGUGAAACUAUUAAGCCCUAGCACCAGUAAGACCACGCCCACUGAGCCAACUCCGCCCAAACUGCCAACACCCAAUGCAGUGUGCCAGGUGAUUGGCAUGUACGACUAUGCGGCUCAGAACGAUGACGAGCUUCCCUUUGGGAAGGGGCAGAUCAUCAACGUGCUGAGCAGGGAGGACCCUGAUUGGUGGAAGGGCGAACUAAACGGUUCCGUCGGCCUUUUUCCCUCAAACUACGUCAAACUGACCACCGACACAGACCCCAGCCAGCAAUGGUGUGCUGAUCUCCACCUCCUGGACAUGUUGACCCCAAUGGAGAGGAAGCGUCAGGGCUACAUUCACGAGCUCAUCAUUACAGAGGAAAACUAUGUCAACGACCUGCAGUUGGUCACUGAGACUUUCCAGAAGCCUCUGCUGGAGUCCGAGUUGCUCACAGAGAAGGAGGUGGCCAUGAUCUUCGUCAACUGGAAGGAGCUCAUCAUGUGCAACAUUAAAUUGCUCAAGGCAUUACGGGUGAGGAAGAAGAUGUCGGGGGAGAGAAUGCCGGUGAAGAUGAUCGGGGACAUUCUGACCGCACAGCUGCCACACAUGCAGCCUUAUAUCCGCUUCUGCAGCUGCCAGCUCAAUGGUGCCACCCUCAUCCAGCAGAAGACCGAUGAGGUGCCCGACUUUAAAGACUUCGUCAAGAGGUUGGCCAUGGAUCCUCGCUGUAAAGGGAUGCCCCUCUCCAGCUUCCUGCUCAAACCCAUGCAAAGGGUCACACGCUACCCCCUCAUCAUCAAAAAUAUCCUGGAGAACACUCCAGAGAGCCAUCCAGACCACAGCCACUUACGACAGGCUCUGGAGAAGGCUGAGGAGCUCUGCUCACAGGUCAAUGAGGGCGUGCGUGAGAAGGAGAACUCGGAUCGUCUGGAGUGGAUACAAGCUCACGUGCAAUGUGAAGGGCUGUCCGAGCAACUGGUCUUUAACUCUGUGACGAAUUGCCUGGGUCCUCGCAAGUUUCUGCACAGCGGGAAACUCUACAAGGCCAAGAGCAACAAGGAGCUUUACGGCUUCCUCUUCAACGACUUCCUGCUCCUCACCCAGGUUAUCAAGCCACUUGGAUCCUCAGCUACUGACAAGGUCUUCAGCGCCAAGUCCCACCUGCAGUACCGCAUGUACAAAACGCCGAUCUUUCUGAACGAGGUUUUAGUAAAGCUACCCACCGACCCCUCUGGAGACGAGCCCAUCUUCCAUAUAUCCCACAUAGACCGGGUCUACACUAUACGAGCAGAGAGCAUCAAUGAGAGGACUGCGUGGGUGCAGAAGAUCAAGGCUGCCUCAGAGCUCUUCAUCGAGACAGAGAAGAAGAAAAGGGAGAAAGCCUAUCUGGUGCGGUCUCAAAGAGCUACAGGCAUUGGAAGACUGAUGGUCAAUAUAGUGGAAGGAAUCGAGCUGAAACCCUGCCGCUCCCAUGGUAAGAGUAACCCAUACUGUGAAGUGACGAUGGGCUCGCAGUGUCACAUCACUAAGACGCUACAGGACACGCUGAACCCCAAGUGGAACUCCAACUGCCAGUUCUUCAUCAAAGACCUGGAACAGGAUGUUCUGUGUGUGACUGUGUUUGAGAGGGACCAAUUCUCACCCGACGAUUUCCUCGGUAGGACAGAGAUUCGUUUGGCGGACAUUAAAAAGGACCAGGGUUCCAAAGGUCCCAUUACGAAGAGGCUCCUUUUACACGAGGUCCCAACAGGAGAGAUAGUGGUCAGACUCGACCUGCAGCUGUUUGAUGAACCCUGACCUUCACGGCCUCCCUGACCUCCUUUCACUUCAGAUUCCAUACUGCCCCCUCUUCCAUGGUACAAACCCACCAGCCUAAUGUGACAAUCCACAUCACUCAACUACACCAUGUCCUGUUCCGUGUGUGUGUGUGUAUGUAUGUAUGUGUGUGUAUGUGUGUGAGGGUUUAAACUUGUGAGAGAGAGAGAGGGAAUAGAAUGGGAGAGUGGGAGAGAAACAGUAUGGAAGUCUGUACAGAGAAGAAAUGUUCAUAAUCAGCAGUUUAGUUAAUUUUUUUAUUCAACUUUGAAUUGAACACCAUGGGUUUGGAUCUUCCAGAAGAGAUCUAGAAGAGUUUUAUUAAAGAUCUAGAGGUGGCGUUUAGAUUUUAACAUGGUGUUAGUCUUAGAAUGAAAGCCACUGUCUGUGUUUGAAUAACAUUCAUGGUAGCUCCAACACUGAACUGGCCAUAACUGACAUUAAUGUGUGUUCUACUCUGAAUUAUCAGGUUUUAACCUGCUGGAAAUGGUCAAGAAGAGCAGAGUGUUAUUCGUUUGAUUGUUUUUCUUAAUCAAGGCAUCUAAAAUACAAGAUUUAAAACCAUAUGAAACAGAAAAGUCUUACAAAAUAAUGUUGCUUUAAAUGGUUUGUGUAGCAAUGCCAUAGAAGAACCAUUUUUUAUUAUUUAUUUUUUUUAAAGAUGAAAAAGAAAUGUUCUUAAAACUCGCACAUCUUAUAUACACCAAUUUAGUUUGGUCUGAACCAAAAUGGCAAGUGUGAAAGGUGCUGCGAACCACAAAAUUUGGUUUAAACAAAAGAAGUGGUCUCAGUUUGGAUCAACUUAACAAUGAUCCGGUUUGUUUGUAGUAUUUAAACACUUUAGAAAUUCUUUUACACCGACCUUUUAAGAUAUUUAUGCAAUAAUAAACAAGAGGGAGUGUUACGACUGUAGCAUAGCAGUGCCAAUAUUACACAUUAUAACACAAACCUUGAGUGAAUUAUUGCGAUUAUACCACAUUAUCGCCGUUUACUGAAAGAUUUUGAGUUAGAGAGAAUUAGAAAAUAUAUGAUCUGUUUGGUUAUAAAAACAAGUUAAAAUAUUUCCAUUGCUGCUCUGUUUGUAGCUACUUUGUUUGGUUUGUAAGCGCUAUAUUGUUGCUAGGUUACCUGUAUGUGGCAGAGUAAUACAUAGAGAGCUCCGGUUACAGUGCAUUACCAGCUGAUAACAGCACUCAUAGAACGCCUCUCAGCCAAUCACAUUGCAGGGUCAUAACUAACUGUGGUAUAAUUUAAGACAUACUUUUCAGUUUGACACAAAACAAAAUAUCAGGUGUGAAAGGUGCUGGGAAUCUCAAUUCAGACUGAAGGGUCAAAAUUUGGUCCGACUAAAAUAUGUGGUCUGAAUCUAGAUCAGCUAAACCAUAGUCUGGUUUGUUUGCGGUGUGAAAACACUUUGCAUUUUGGGGGGAUUUUCGGACCAAUUGUUUUGUAUUAACCAACUGAAAAAAAAGAAGAAAGUGUUUGAUUCCAGUAUCUACUGUAACUGUAGGACUUUUAUGAGAAACUAAUUUAAGACAAUUCUUAGGAAGGUAUUGGUAAAUUAAGCCAAUUGUUGGAAGUGGUUCUCCUAUGGCAUUGUAAAAAAAAUAAUAAUAAUUUGAAGCACCUUUAUUUUAGGAGUGUAGUAUAUGUUUUAAUUUUUGUUUCCAUUUUAUCAAUUCUCAAUGCAUUUCGUUACUGAACGUUAUUAUACUCUGUUACUCUAUAGGCUAUUAGUGCUGUUGCCAGUUCACAGUUCAUGUUUACAAGGCCUCCAGUUUUUUUGUAAGGCCUCAAGAAAGUACAUUCUGCAAAAAGAAACCAAGUGAAAAAGUAUAUUUCAUUAAAUUCCAGACCCACUCCAAGUCUAAAGCAUUGUGCCAUUCCAGAAAGUAUGAUAACUCCAAGCUGUCUCUAGAAGAUUGAGAUGUUUUAUACACAGCCAUAAAGGCUUCACUCCACUAAUUUAUUGUAUUGGGAUAUUUGUUAGUAAGUGGAAGAACGUUGUGAACCUCAACUUUUCAUGCUUUACAUCACACUCCAGUCUUAUUUUACAACUACAUGUUGUACUGAGAAUUUCCAAGGAUGUAAAGUUGAUAUACUUCAUUAAUUCCCCUUCCACUGCAAUUCCACAGAGUGACCAACAGUCGCAUACUUGAAUGUAAUUCGUUUCUUAAAGCUUUUGGAGCUCACACUUCGAUAGCGUUUACACCUAGACGCUUAAUCUGUGUUUAGUGUCAGGAUUACAUCUGGAUAAGAUCAAGCCACGUAAAAAUGCAAGUGUAAACACAUCUAAGACACAUUUAAAACAGAUACAAGUCCAAUUACUCAAACUACAAUCUACAGGUGGUGGUCUGAGACCAUGUUUACACCUGGUCACCUCAUGCAUCUUAUGUAUGGGGAUUAUAUCUAGACCAGUUCACACUAAAAUCUAAUUUAAAUGCACCGAAGACACAUUUGAAACAGAUUUAAAUCCAGUGACUUAAACUAUACACUACAGGUGAUGGUCUGAGACAAUGCUUACACUUGGUCACUUCAUGCAUCUUAUGUAUGAGGAUUAUAUAAAGUGUAAAUGCACCCAAGACACAUUUGAAACAGAUCUGAAUACAAAUCUGAUCUCAAGUAUCAAGAUUGUAUCCGACUAAGGCCAAGCCACAUUAGGCCUGUUUACACCUGGCAUAAAAAACAAUCAGAUCCUAAUCUGAGUAGUGUGCCUCUUGUUGGUGUUUACAAGUGAUUUUUAAUGCGCGCAGGUAAUGUGAAGGCCAAGUGUAAACAGGCCCAUGAAAAUGCUAUCUUAAUCUGUGUUGAGUAUCAGGAUUACAUCUGGAUAAGACCAAGCUAUGUAAAUAUGCAAGUGUAAACACAUCCAGGACACAUUUAAAGCAGAUACAAAGGUCCAAACUUGUAUUACAUACUUAAACUACAAACUACAGGUGGUGGUCUGAGACCAUGUUUACACCUGGUUACAACAUGCAUCUUAUGUAUGAGGAUUUUACCUAGACCAGUCCACACCAAAAAUCUAGUUUACUACACCCAAGACUCAUUUGAAACAGAUCUGAAUACAAAUCUGAUCAGGUGGUCUAAGACCAUGUUUACACCUUAAACGUUAUCCAUCGCAAGUAUUAAGAUUGUAUCCAAGCCACACUGUUUACACCUGGCAUUAAAUAAUGUUUUGUUUUGGAUAGAAUUUGGCUAUUCUUUGACCGGAUUUGAUUUAAAAAGGGAUUGACUGUUUAAACUGCAAGGGAACAAACUCUUCUGCUCUCAUCUACCAGUAAGCAUAUUUUUCAGAGAGGCGUAUUUUUGCUUGACUGAGGAAAUCUAAUCACAGUGCUUGAGUAAUCCAAUCAUAUUCUGAUCACUGUGCCUCUUGGAGGUGUUUACACCUGCUUUUUUCAAUGUGGACAAAGUGAUUUAUAAAGGUAAUCUUAAUGCCAGGUGUAAACAGGCCCAUAAAAGUGCAAAACCAAUACAAAUCCUAUCACUAAAACCAAACACCUCAAGAGGUGGUCUGAGACACACUUGAGCCACAUGUUAAAGCAGUGUUAAGAAGUACAGUCUGUGUACCUAGUAUAAAUGCAUGUGUUUAAAAUCAAAUCAGAUCCAGAUACAAUCCAGAUCCUAUUCACAUGAAGUGACCAGGUGUAAACAGGUUCUGUUUGAUUUGUGUGGACAAUAAGCUUUAAUAUAUUUGCAGGAAUUGUUUAUAUUCCACUGGGAAAAAUUGUGUGGUUCCACUUGAAAUAUGAAUAGCUGCGACAAAAUGAUGAUGCUGAACAAGAUGAUACUAAUCUAACGUCUUUAGAACAAAGACACUCUUGAUUAAACUGAGUAUUCUUUGUAGUUUUCCUUAGAUUUAGACAUUUGCACACGCUGCAUUAUUGCGGAUUGUUAAAAUUGGGAGCUUUGUUUAGGAAAAUGAGUGCAUGCCAAUAUAUUUUCCCCUUUAGAACAAAGCAGUUGACUGCUUUAAACCCCUACGUGAGUACCUUUUCUAACAGUGUGAAAUACUUAAAAAAAGAAAAAAGAAAAAAAGUAUAAUGCAGAGCCAACAUUGAAUUAAAUGAAGUAGUUUCAUCGUGUAGUCUAAAUUUUUAUCUUAAUUUUCCUUCUCAUCUCCCCUUAUAUUGUCAUAUGCAUCUUUUUUUUGGGGUACAUGAAGUAAGCUAUUUAACAUUGAGUGCUAUUUAUAACUGAUGCUAUAUUACUACUAAUAUGUUCAAUUCUUUUUCUCUUAAAAACUAUUUUUUUUUUGUUGCUCAAGAUAUCUGAACACUGAACCCAUGAAAACCCUGCUAAGAUAGUAGUGGUUAGAUAGUAACACUGUAAUUGGAUUCUGUUUGUAAACUUACAAUGUUGAAAUGUAUCAGGUUUAUAUGUUUUGUUUUGUUUUGUUUCUUUUUUUUAACAAUGUACUUUUGUUUAAUUUCUGACGAACAGAAAGCUGUAAAUGGAAUUUAUUGGUAUGGAGUUUUGAACAUCUGCGAGGUUGUAUUACGUAAAAUGACUAAAUGAAAUGUUUUUAUUUCAAAUGCAGCACAGAUCAUGCCACAGAAGGAUGACGGCAGUGUUUCAGUGGUCUGCGAUUUUGUAAACCCCGCCCCCAUAGCACUUCAGAAAAUAGCACUGCUUCUCCAGAGUAUGUUUAAUUGUAUCAUUUCUUUUUUUUUUUUUUUAUUUCCAUUGAUCUGAAUGGAAAGAAUGGGAUUUGGUAGCAUUUUUUAGCUAGAUGAGUUGAUGCUGAAAGAAGCAGCAAUACUGUAACAAGCCGAUCUUGGGUUGCCAGAUCUGUAGCAUGCAAUCGAUUCACAUUAUAGGUGAUUAUAGGAAAGAACCUAAAACUUGUCGAUUCAAACACACACAUUUAUAAUAGAAGCCAAUAGAAGCCAGUGGGCAAAUGAAGUACUGAAUGAAGCAAUUGUAUAUUGGCUUCUCUUAUAAAUGUGGGUCUGUUUUACACUGACAGACCAAAAGUCAUGGGAUGGGAAUGACUUGCCUGUUCACAUGGACAAUUUUAGCCAGAAUAACAUUUAAUUCUAACAUCUGUAACUAUGUUUGUUAUGAUUAUAAUGCCAGAUUUCAAGGGACAGGAACUGUUAUCGUGUCCCAUGACUUGCUCCAUGUCAUGCGCCUUGAAACAUGGAAGCUAAAGUACUCUGCACUUGACCUGCAGGUUAAGCGUGUUGAGGUCUCUUCCUGUAUUAAACGUGGAUGUGGCACAUUUAAAGAGAUGCUUUUCUGAUGGCAUGAAUAAUUUUAGUCAGAAGUUGCCAGUCACACUUAUUACGUCUGACUUUCACUGUGUUGACUGUGGGUGAUGAAUAAUUUUUAUGAUUUUAUGAUGAAUCCAUUCCUAGGAGACAUGUGACACUAUGAAUUGAAAAAUACAUUUUAAAUAUCCUCAAAAUUUUAGAAAUGGAAAGUCUACUACUACUUUCAAACUCGCUUAGUAGUUUUACACAUUAGCGCCUUGCCAUGAGCAUGUUGGCCAGUGAUAACACCUCACAAUAUAGUCUAUUCCCAAGCCACCCUGACUUUUGGCAUCUCCUGGGCAAGUUUGCUUGUGUUCAAUAGGUUUUAUGUUCUUUUCUACUGUAAUUACAGAAAAACACGUUGCAUUAAAUCGAAUGCAUGCUACAAAUGUGGCAGAAUUAAACGAAGUAAAUAAGUGAAAAUGUGUGUGUGUAUGUAUGUGUGUAUUGGAGGGAGUGUGUGUAUGUAUCCCUGUGUAGAUGCAAUACAGAUGUUACUAUUCCACUGCUGUGCUAGUGAGAUGUCUGAUUCAUUGAGAAGAAUUGCUUCUGCGGGGUGUGUAAGUUAUUUCUGUGUGUGAGAAACGUGUGUGUGUGUGUGGCACUGUUUGAGUGCUGUAAUUUUGUGCUGGAUCACCUCUCGAGCAUAUUAGUGAAAAAUAUUUCCGUGCUUCAGAGGGCGUUCGAGAAAGAGGUCACGGUUACCUCUCUUUUCUUCUUUUCUCUCUGUCUUUUUCUCUUUCUCUCUCUCCUCUUCCCCCCUCCAUCUGUCUAGCCCUACUCCACCUCCCUCUCUCUCUCUCUCUUUCACUGUACAUUGCGAUCCAGUAGGCUCUUCCCCCUUAUUUUUUAAUGAGCAAUGAGUUCCAAUGAGUCAGCGGUACAGUACGUGUCUGUGUUUAAAUCUUUGAAAGGAGUAUAAUAUAUUACAACUUGAAGAGUAAUUAUGUUGAUGACAGUGUAUUGUUAUCAAUGUAGAAGCAGUGUAUUGUCUUAAAUGUUGCAAUUAAAAGCUCAAUUGGACCAAGAAA